GUGAGACCAUUCGCGUCAGUUCCAGUCAGGUCGUGACACUCGAAGCUCGAUGCGCGAUUCUAUGUAAGUUGCGCCUUGCGCGUGUCCACGACGAGUUUACGAAUUUGCGACUGUGAAAGUGACCGAUGAGUUUUCACGGAAAUUUACCCCCGGAAACGGCAUAAUGGACAUCGUUUAUGGUGGCGGGUGUGGAUUUUGUUUAUAUUUUUCCUAUUGAAAGAAUUUAAUAGUGAUUUUUUUAAUUGUGAUAUGGUUAUAUUUACAAAAUUGUUAGUUCAGCGAUAACCUGAUUGAUGACUGAUUUUUACAUGGUGCUGGAACCUAGUAUGUUUCUUGUUUCCUGUUUCCUGCAACAUGGUCCGACCAGCGAUCUGGACACGUUCCUGUGCAAGCAGGACUGGGAGCGACCGCUGGAAGAAGAGUUGGAAAAGCCCCGUCGAGAUUCAGUACCACAGAUCGAUGACUUCUUUGAACCAAAUCAUCCAAACCACAAUAACAAUUCGAACAGCAACGCCAGACACCAGGCUAUGAGCUACGUCUCUAUGAGAUCGCUGCCAGGCUCAGAAGAUGACGCAUUUUUACGGCCUCCAGCACUCUGGGAAGAUAUCGCAAGUAGUAUUCAAAACAUCGACCCUGAAAACGCCAACAUGUUGGGAGUUAGUCCAGGGCAUGUAAAGUUGGAGGCAGUUGAUGAUUUGACUGUUAGUUGUGGAACAACAGCACCGAGUCCUUUAUUGUCUCCUUUAGAAAUUAAAACCGAAAAAGUUCUCCAACAACCCUGUCCGACGUUACAUCUACUAGGCACCCCCACCAGCCCAUACACGCAACCACAGCCGACAAGUCCCCAACACCAUCCUUCCCACUAUCACCCGCAACAACCGAUGCACCACCCUCACAACAAUAAUAACCAAUACAAAUAUAACAACGUCACUCAAGGGGCGCAGACAGGGCCGGCUCCAGGCAAUGCGCUUUACCCUAUGCCCUCACGGCUCAUGUAUGUUUCCCCGCUAACACCCCCAAAUUCAGAACCUGGUUCGCCCGGGGGGGCGUUGCCGCGCAGGACGCCACCGCCCCCCUAUCCCGCCCCAGGAUGUCCUCAACAGACCCCGGCCGCCGCCGUACCGCGAAUAAGUGGAGUGAAGUACAAUAGGAGAAAUAACCCAGAACUGGAAAAGAGGCGGAUUCACCAUUGUGAUUUUAUAGGUUGUACGAAAGUGUAUACAAAAAGCUCACAUCUGAAAGCGCAUCAAAGAAUACAUACAGGUGAAAAACCUUAUCAAUGCCAGUGGCCCGAAUGCGAGUGGCGGUUUGCACGAUCCGAUGAAUUAACGCGCCAUUACCGCAAACAUACAGGCGCUAAACCAUUUAAGUGUGGUGUAUGCGAACGCUCUUUUGCUCGUAGCGACCAUUUAGCGUUGCACAUGAAGCGUCAUCUACCGAAAACGGCCAAAUGAAUAACUUUGCCAUCCCAUUAAGAGUUUUUAUGUUUUAUUUAUAUGUCACUUUACACGAGCACAUUCCUUUAUUUAUGAUUCGAUUAUAAUUCUAGAGAUUCUAAAAUUCAUUCGAGGACAUCCUAGAAAUAGAUCAGAUUGUAUUGUCAUAAGCGAAAGUAUUUGUACUGACAUUUAUAAUUUAAAUUAUUUGAAAUUCGUUUAAGUUGUUUUCGAAACGUGAGUUUCGAUUCACGUUAAUAAGAAAGGGUACUUUGAGCAAUUAUUUCAUCCUCCUCGUAUACAUUUCUCUUAUUAUACCUUAAAAUAUUUGAAUACUAGUAAGCUUAGUUGUGAAAUAAAAA